AUGCCAACCUUGAUCUCUAAGGGAGCGGCUCUCGCGGCUCUGGCCCUCCUAGCUUCUGAGACAUCUGCAUAUACUCUUUCGUUCUACGGCGAUGCAGCGUGCUCAGGCGUUUCGAGAUGGCAACACUCCACCACAAAUGAUAGUACUUACAUGACACCCUGCGAGCAGAUCCCGGCAUCCGAAGGAAACGGCGUCAUAUCGGCUCUUUUAGCUGGCGAUGCAACUGACAAUCACUGGGGUUACACCGCUCAAUUAUUCUCAGAUCCAGCAUGCAACUCUCGAGUGACCACCAUCUCAUCUAAAGAUAGAUGUAAAUCAACAGGUUCAAUCCGAAGUUUUGUUGUUGUGGGAACGGAAUCAAAUUUCCGGAUGCCUGAGGGGUCUUGGGAUACUGUUCCUAGGGAAGAUGCUGUUUCGUACACUGUUAGUACGGUAGAAUCGAUGGUUGAGACGAUUGGAGGUGAUGCGAUUUAUAAUGGGACUGGAGCCAAAUAUUACGAAGCCGACAAUUAUGGCAGUACGCGUGGUUCUUCUGGUUCCGACAGUACGCGUGGUUCUUCUGGUUACAGCAGUUCUAUUGGCUCUAGUGGUCCUGAACCGGUAAUGUACCCUCUCGACGACGCAAGUUUGGAAUACGCCACCACCAACGACUAUGAAGCCGGUAUUCCAGGAACGGUUGACGAGGCAGUUCUUGAAGCAGAUUGUGGUGAUACCGUUCAGGAAGAGGGAUACGUGGUCGACAAGAAUGGGGAUGGACUUGCUGAUGCAACGAUCGAGAAGACGACCACCACUGAUCCUAAUGGAAAUAUCGUGGGUGUUGAACAGAAGGUCGUUAGUUCUACGGAGAAUCUCAAGGGGCCUGGAGCGGUGAUGGAUGGACCGGCGGUAGGUUAUGUGAAUGUUCCUGAUCAGGUCCGGGAUAGCCAAAGGUUAGGGACUUCGACAAGCACUGGAUGGCCGGCGGCUGCUGGUUUAAGGGGAGAGGAAUUGAUAUAA